GGUCUACCGUUUUCAUUCAUAGGGUAAUCUCCAUAACACUCGUAUCCAACAAGGGAGCAUAUUUCGGACUGAAUUUCAAAACGAAAAAAAAAUUAAGAUGUCUGAUAUCAAUUUGGUAGCCUAUGAUAUCUUCCGACGCGAUUUGGCCAAAAUCUUUAGGACUUUUAAUUCGUCAACGCAAACCGAUUUUACCGAGGACACUGCAACCACAACUCAAUUCGAAUUAAAGUCUAAAUCGGACACGGCACUUUCUAAACUGUACGAUUUAGAUCUGGAUUAGUCUUUUUUUUUCAGCAUGGAAGCGCCAUCGGAUGGAAACGGCAAUCCGGAGGAUAAUCCUAAGACAAAUCGCAAGAAAAGACCACGGAAAAGAAAGAAUAAUUCACAAACUGAAACCAGUUCCGAAGAAAAUACAGAUGCAUCCAGUGAUUCGUUGCCAGAGCCAAGACAGACCUUACCGCCAGUGGCUUUGGAGGUGAGAGAUUCAAGAACCAUAACUUCCUUAAGAACCACUGGCAGUACCUAUCGCUCGACAGCAGAGUCACAGACUUCUGGAUACACUAACGAGAGUAUUUACCCAACCACUAUAAGAUACGAACCCCUGAAUGAAAGCAACACCAGCUCCUUUGGCAGCGUUGAAACCCUCCACGGACCUCCGCCCAUGAAUUUCCUGCGGGAUAUUCAUGUGGCAACUGACCCAACUUCACCUGAAGAGGAGAUCCAAUCCGUUCGCAUGGAACUACAGGAAUUGCUUACCAAUGCCAUGUUCCAUAUAGGACAAUGGUACAAUCAAGCCAUCUACAUAAUCACCUAUAACUACAUGUAGUUAAUUCGAAAAAUGAUCAAAAUUUUCAGUGACCAU